CUUCUUUUUGAAGGGUACUGAAGCCGGACAACAAGAUGGCCUCUAGCUCUAGCUCUGCUGCUGUAGUCUACCAGAAGAGAGUGAAGGGAUUUCCAAGAGCUCCCUUUCUUUUGUCUGCAGCCUGUGCAGCUGGACUGUACUGGUUAGGAGGUGUUGGAGGAUGGGGGGCCCUCCUCUUUGGUCUGGUGCAGUUCUCUGUGCUGGGAGGGACUAAGUUUUGCAAGCUCUUCUUUAAGACUGUGCCCAGAGAUCUGAGGUGGAUGCUGGUUGGAGUCUGGAUGAAGCUUGGCCUCAAGCGUAAGACAUCAGAGAGAAAAAUGGUGUUUGAUUUCCUUUCUGAAACGGCAGCCAAAUUCCCAAACAAGCCAGCUAUCAUUAGCAUUGGUCUCGAUGGAGAAUCAGAUCGAACGCUGACCUUUAGUGAACUUGAAGAUUACAUCAACCAAAUUGCCAACUUUUUCCGUUCUACUGGAGUCAAGAAAGGAGACUGUAUUGCACUGUUUUUGGAGAAUUCUCCAGAGUCCUAUGCUCUGUACCUUGGACUGGCAAAGCUUGGAGCCAUCUCAGCUCUGAUAAACACUAAACUACGCCAGGAGUCGUUGUUACAUUGCAUCAAAGUGUCCUCGUGUCGUGGUCUAGUGUUGAGUAGCUCUCUGGGGGAAGCUGUGAGGGAAGUGUGGGAGGACCUGGAUCCAGGGGUACGAGACCACGCCUACUCUGUCGGUGGUGAUGCUGGAGUGGGCGGAGUCACACGGCUAGAGGGACUACUGGAGAGUGUGUCUAAGACCCCACCCCCUCCUCGUGAGGACAGGAGUGUCAAUGACACUGUGCUCUAUGUGUACACAUCUGGGACCACUGGUAUGCCCAAGGCUUGCAAUGUGGAUGACUCAAAAUUGUUUCGUUCUCCUACUUUCUUUGGGAUUGCCGGAGGAGUGACUGACAGUGACUGUGUGUACUCUGUCCUGCCUCUCUACCAUUCCCACGGCCUCGCACACAAUGGAGGGCCUAUGAUCUACACAGGAGCCACUCUCGUCAUUAGGAAAAAGUUCUCUGCCAAACACUUUUGGACCGAUUGUGUAAAGUACAACUGCACUAUGGUGUGCACGAUUGGGGAGUUGAAUCGCUACGUGUUGGCCCAACCCCCUCAACCCACUGACACACAACACAAAGUACGUCUAAUCAUCACUGCAGGACUCAGAAAAGAGCUGUGGCUGGAGUUCCAGAAACGAUUUGAAGUGGAUCACAUUAUCGAGUUUUAUGGCUCCACUGAGGGCAACUUUGGUAUCAUCAACAUUGACAACAAGCCAGGAUCUAUUGGAGCUCUCCCACUGUUUGUACCGUCCAUUCAAAACGUCACUAUCCUGAAGCUUCAUUCGGAGACUGGCGAUUACCUAAGAGAUGAGAAUGGUUUCUGUGUCGAGUGUGGUGUGAGCGAACCUGGUGAAACUGUUUGUGAGAUUACUAAAGCCUCUCCCUUCUACGGAUAUCGAAACAAAGAAAGCUCGGCAAAAAAAAUUCUUAGGAAUUGUUUCAAAGUAGGAGAUGCUUUUUUCAGAACUGGAGACAUAAUGUGCAUUGACGAGGAAGGUUGGGUGUAUUUCUGUGAUCGAUCUGGGGACACGUUUCGUUGGAAGGGGGAGAACGUAUCCACGGCAGAGGUUGAGACUCGUAUUGCUACUGUGUUGAAGUUGACGGAUGUGGUGGUGUACGGUGUUGAGGUGCCUGGUAACGAAGGGCGUGCUGGAAUGGCUGCCAUUGUGGGGACUCGGGACACUGUGGACCUGUCGACACUCCCUCACCAACUCUCUCUCUCCCUGCCCCCCUAUGCUGUACCUAUCUUUGUGAGGCUAAUAGAGUCGGCAGAGCUCACUGGGACUUUCAAACUGCGUAAGGUCAAGUUGAGGAACGGGGGUUUUGAUCGAACAGAGGUGACUGACCCACUGUACAUAUUGAGGGGGUCUUCGUACGUCCCUCUAACAGAGGAGCUCCACGAGCAACUGCUCCAGGGAACAAUCAGAGUGUGAAACAAUGGACUCAUGCAUUAGCUGUUAGUAACUCAAGCUGAACUGAUGACUAUACAUUUAACAAGUCAUGACAUAGUAGCAUUUCGUAUCCUCAAGUUUUGUAUCCAUGUUUUAUCAAAUUAAGUGCAAAUAUUUACAAGUUGAACAUACAAAAUGAAUGACAAUG